AUGCACACAUUAGAAAAUUUCGAAGAGUCAAGGGCACCUGUCCUGUGGCAAGGGAGGAAGUUUCAGGGUCCCCACCUGCUCCCCAAAGCCCUUUCCUUAACAACCUCCUUGCCCAUUGCAGAGAUUGGUGCGGGCGUCACCGGUUUCGGCAUCUUCUUCAUCCUCUUUGGAACACUCCUGUACUUUGAUUCUGUGCUCCUGGCCUUUGGAAACCUGCUGUUCCUGACGGGCCUCUCCCUCAUCAUCGGCCUGAAGAAGACCUUUUGGUUCUUCUUCCAGCGGCACAAGCUCAAGGGAACCAGCUUCUUCCUGGGGGGUGUGGUUAUCGUGCUCCUACGCUGGCCCCUCCUGGGCAUGUUCCUGGAAAUCUAUGGAUUCUUCAGCCUGUUCAAGUGAGUGCAAAGCCCUAUAACCCUAGACAGACCCACCAAAGGGUCUGAGUGGCUGAGAUGACCCCAGCAGGGUAGUGCAGAAGCUAGGACUUUAUCCUGCAAGAGAUGAGAACUGUGGACACUGUGGAGAGGCCCCUAAAGCAAGCUGAAAGGUACUUUGGAGGGAUUAGCCUGUCAAUCAACAAAUAUCGAUAGAGCUCUGACUGCGUUCCCAGUGCUGUGCCUGUGAGUAGGGAAGAGACACAAAGCCUGCCCUCAAAUCUCAGCGAUCCAGCUGGAGAGGAAGGGCAGUGAGCUAACACGGCCAGGCACGCUCAUGAUUUUAUCUGAUCAUCUGAUUUUAUCACAACAACCCACUAUAGGAUUCUCCUCUACUUCACACACAAGAAAACCAACAUUCAGAGAGGUUGCCCUGGCCUGAGGUCUCAAACUGGUAUGUGACAAAGGUCGUUCUUGAACCCAGGGGGCUCUGGCUCCUGGCCCCUGUGUCACCCCCUGGCCUGGCCUGUGUCAGCCCUGGGCCUGUGAAAAGGCAGGGUGAAACUCAGCCGUGAUGUGUGGCCGCUGUCAGGUCUGCAGGCACUCAGAGGGGAGCCCAGAGUGACGUUGUAGAGGAAGCGGGACUUGAGAGAAACCUUGAGGGAUAGGGAGGGUCUCAGA